GAAAAGAGUGAGAAGUAUCGUGAACUGAAACUGAAAGAGAUGCAAAUGGAUGAAUUUCUGGAUGCAUAUGAUGACCUGAAAGCCAACGAAGAAGCCCGAAUCGAUUGCGCCUCUAAUGAAAUAAUUCGCACCUUAGAGCUCAUUUCAACGAAUGGCACAAAGCUGGACCUGAGUAGCCAAAUCACAGACACUGACAACUCCGCAUUACAGGGCAAUGAAAAUGCUUCUGCUUACGAACUCAAGGACUUACAUGUCCGCCUACAAGAAGAACUGCUAUCAGCAGAAGAAAUGGAGGAAAGACUGGAGACCACUAACAGGAAUAUCAGCGAACGGAUGGACGACUUAGUACAAAAGAUGAAACAGUUUGAGAAUAUCGACGCACUAAAAUCUGGGACAGAACUAAAACGCCAGGAUUUAGAGCAAAGUCGCAAAGAGUUCGAAAAUGUACUGCCAGAAACUGAACAGUACUGUCAGCGAUUACUGGAAAACUUGGCGCAAAAAAAGUCAUCGCUUGAAAACAGCGACGAAUACAUCAAGCUGAAAAAUGUCCAGAAGAAAUGGCAGUACGUAGAACAAAGUACGGCACUGCUACGUGAAACAGUCGCGCAACGGAAAGCCGAAACGAAUUACCAGGAUUUCAAGGAUGAGGUAAUUUUGAAGAAACUGACUUGA